UUCAAACUUUAUCUUUUCACUAAUAUCUGGCUUAUUUUGUUAUAAGGAAACGUAUUAUGCAUAUGCAGAAGUUGAUCCUGUAUCAAAAAGUGCACUAGCUGGUAUAUCUGAACUCGUAUCUCGAUUGAAUGAGCCAGCCAUAUCGUCGAACAUACUUUGGGGUGAAUUAAAUAAGAGCGAAGCUGGUCAGAAAAUAAAACAGAAUUUUAUAGGAGACUUUAAAGAUUUCUGCGAGUUUUUAUCCAUGACAAAACUCGAUUUGGAAGGUGCUAUAAAAUUUGACGUUAAUUGGACACUGUAUAACGAAUAUCUGUCAACACCAGAAAGUGUUAUGAACAACACGAAAAAUGCCGAAGUUGUUCUUGAAGUCGAGAACAACGUAAGAACGUGGAUGACGAGUAUGGAACAUGCAAUAGUUGAAAGUCAGCAACUAAGAAGAGAAACUGAAACCGUCGGACCUACAGCAGAACUCAUCUAUUGGCGAAGAAUUCUGGCCCAAUUUUCUUCUAUUGUCGAACACAUUAAGUCUCAGCAUACGCAAAUGUUCAUUCAGCUAUUAAUUCACUCAAAAUCUAAGCUCGUCAAGAAAUGGAAAAGAUUGGACAACCACGUUACCACAGUACAAAUUUUAUCCCAAGACAAUGUCAAGUAUUUAUAUGCAUUGGAAAAAUUCACCCAGCCUUUGUACAGAUUGGAUCCAACUAAAAUUGGUGAUUAUUUACCAAGUCUAAUGUAUGCCAUAAGAAUGAUUUACGCAACAUCACGGUUUUUCAAUACCAGGCGAAUGGUAACAGCAGUUUUUGUCAAGAUGACAAACCAAAUGAUUUUAUCAUGCAAAUCUUAUUUGACUGAGAAUGGCACAAUCAGUGUUUGGAAUGAUGAAAAAAAAUCAAUCAUAUCAAGGAUUACGGACUGCAUUACUUUGUACCAAUGUUAUCAUGACUGCUAUGAUGAAAUGCGCAAAAAAGUCAAAGCGUGCCCAGAUGAGAAACCAUUUGAAGUAUCCGAAAUGUAUGUGUUCGGAAAAUUCAAUACCUUCAAAAUAAGGUUAAAUAAGCUGAUUGAUGUUCUACAAACAACACUUACGUAUUCUGUAUUACACAGUUCCACUGUUGAGGGAAUCGAUGUUUUCGCUCAAAAGUUCACAAAUUUCUUUAAGAAAAUUGCAAGUCAGCAAUACGACCCAUUAGAUCAUAGGAAAUCUUAUUUCGACCCUGACUAUGAUGAGUUCAAAAAGAACGUUAUUGAAACAGAAAUUGAAUUGCGAGAAUUCUUUUUCAAAACUGUAUCAGAGGCUCCUAAUAUUUUUCAAGCUCUGCGCUUAGUCGGCAGGUUCCAGAAACUGCAUUUUCGUCGUUUGCGAAUUGAUCGCAAAUACUUGGAGCUUGUGACAUCUUUUCAACGGGAGAUUGAAGAAACCCGAGAUAGGUACAAUGAAGAUAGAUUAGAUCCCCCAUUGCCGUGGAAUGUCCCUCCUGUAUCAGGUAGAAUAUAUUGGAUUCGGCAGUUGUAUAAACGUAUAGAAAGUGCAAUGGAGAUAUACAAAACUAGACCUCGGGUGAUUACGCAUGAAAGAAUGCAAAAGUGUAUAAAAGUAUACAAUGCGUUGAUCAGUGUGUUCAUUCAUUAUGAAAUGAUAUAUCAUAAAGCAUGGUACGACAAUGCUGACGUUGUCAGAUUGGCUUUGUCCUCACCAUUGCUUAUACGCCACCCAAAAACGAAUAAGUACUGUUUAAAUUUUGACCCUUAUAUCAAAGAAGUAAUCCAAGAAUCUGAACAUAUGUCUAAUUUCGGAUUGAGUGUACCAGAUUUUAUUCAAAUAAUAACAUUCUGUAAAGAAAAACUUUUCUCAUCUUAUGAAACUGUCAAAAAGAUGGUUGAACUAAACAAUGCUCUCAGGCGUUCAGUUCCAAUACUUUUCUUGAACAUGAUCAAACCAAGUUUUGUCAAGCUUGAAACUGCUUUUCAACCUUGUCUGUCUGUCGUUACAUGGGCAUCGCUGAAAGUUCCACAAGUGUGCGCAGAUAUAAGAAAUGUUAUAACUGAAGUCGAAACUGUGAUUAAAGAAAUCAAAGAUAUGAAAGAAGCACGGGUUGAUGAAGUCUUCGAAUCUAUAGCAGAGUCUAAGCUCAUUCAACUGUAUAAUUUUCCAACAUCGCCUGAAAAAUUUUCAUCAGAUAAUUUAGCUUUUCGGAACAUAAUGGCAGCUGAACUCGAAAUUAAGUCUGCAGCAGCUGAAAAAGUUGUUAUAACUAUUAUUAACAAAUUCAUGGCAAUGAUAACUGACCCAAGUAUUGACAAUGUCAAAUAUGAUUGGAUGGACCCGGACAAAGUAACAAAACAAGUCGGGUCGCAAACGAAAUUGAUUAAAGGACCAUUUGAACCAGGGUUCGGACACAUUGACCGCAGUACUAAAAUUAAUAUUGAACAUCUACAGAAUGAUUGCAUGGAAUUAUUUGCAUAUUUCAAUUGCAAACUGAUAGAGGCGCUAGUUAAAACUACCAAAAGUUCCCUGGAUCUGUUAAAGAAGAGAGUAGGCAGUUCUAGUGUCUUGCUUCGAGAAAAUAUAGAAGGUGGUGAAGCUCCACUAAUGGAAACACAAUUCGUUUUACAAAUACCAAAUAUCAUCAUAGUACCUCCAAUAGAUGAAUUACAACUCCAUUUCAGUAGAGUCAUUACAAACUUAAUAGGGACCCACAAAAGUAUAGUGAUGUGGGGUCAGCGGUAUUCUGCUAUUCCAAGACGACGUAACACACUUGGAAUUGAUAUAGAAGACAACUCUGCAAAAUCUCUGUUGAAAAAUUACCAUUCAAGUGUAGCUGAUCAUAAGGAAAUAAUUCGCAUUUCAAUGAGCUUGCAAGGUGCAAUAUUCAUGUUAAAAGAUGAUAUUGCUAUCCAAGGUAACUCUUAUCUGCGCUAUGCAUAUGUUUGGGCUGAAGACAGAGUGGAACAAAUUCAAAGUUUUGUUGAUGCUGACCCUAUAACCCAGGUAAUAAGGGAAAAGUUGAUAGAAUACGAUGACAUCUGUACAGAAAUAAUGGAGCUACCAGACCAUCAUAUCAUUGGGCCUAUUCAAAUCAAUAUGGAUAAAUUGAAGCUAGCUUUGUUGGUUGAAGCCAAAGCAUGGAAAUCAACUUUGGGAAAGAUAUUGUCUACUACUUACAAGGCUAAAUUACAAAGAAUAACUGAGUAUGUCAAUGAUAAAAAGAAAGUUCUCUCUCGGAAUAUCAAAGAUUUGGAGGAUGUGCGUGUUGCAAUGAAAUGUCUCGGGGAGAUUCGGGAUGACUUUAUAUCGCUAGACAUGGAACUCAUUUUAAUUGAAGAAACUUAUGCCCUGUUAGCAAAGUUUAACAUAAAUGUAACUAAAGAAGAGUCUGAGACAGUUGACAGUCUACGGUAUAAUUUCAGUAAUAUGUUAUCCACAGCCAAGCAUGUUCAAGCAACAAUCUGUGAAAUGCAAGAACCACUGAGGCAAGAACUGAUCGAAGGUGUUGCUGUGUUCAAAAACGAUGUAUUGGAGUUUGAUAUUGAUUUUGAACAGAAUGGUCCAAUGGUUGAAUCAAUCCCAGCAAAAGAAGCAAGCGAUCGCGUCAUACUAUUCCAAGCUCGUUUCGAUGAAUUAUGGGAAAGAUAUGAAACAUAUAGUAGUGGAGAAACUCUGUUUGGGAUGGCCGUAACAGAAUAUCCAAUUUUACAACAACGGAAGAAAGAAUUCAAUUUAUUACAAAAGCUAUAUGGAUUGUAUUUACAAGUCAUGCGAGCUAUUGAUGGUUAUUUUGAAAUACCUUGGUCUGAAAUCGAUACCGAAAUCAUAAUUGCUGAAUUAGCUGAAUUUCAGAACAAAUGCCGCAAGUUGCCCAAAGGCAUGAAGGAUUGGCCUGCAUUUAUUGACUUGAAGAAAAAAAUUGACGAUUUCAAUGAAACUUGUCCACUAUUGGAGUUGAUGGCAAAUAAAGCAAUGAAAGACCGUCACUGGGAGAGAAUGUCAAAGACAUGUAACUACUUUUUUGAUGUUGAAUCAGAAUCAUUCACAUUAGCAAAUGUAAUGGAAGCACCACUUUUGAAGCACAAAGAUGAAGUAGAGGAUAUCUGUAUCAGUGCAGUUAAAGAAAAGGACAUUGAAAGCAAAUUGAAACAAGUUAUUGCCGAUUGGUCAAUAGUGAACUUGCAGUUUUCAAACUUCAAGCAACGAGGAGAGCUACAAUUAAAAGGAACAGAGACUGGAGAAAUAAUAGCCCAGCUUGAAGAUAGCUUGAUGAUUAUUAGCUCGUUAAUGGCUAAUCGUUACAAUGCUCCUUUUAAAAAAGAAAUCCAAUUGUGGCAGUAUAAAUUGAGCAACACGUCAGAAAUAUUAUCAAAGUGGAUAAAUGUGCAAAAUCUAUGGGCUUACCUGGAGGCUGUUUUUAUUGGUGGAGAUAUAUCAAAGCAGUUACCUGCUGAAGCUAAGAGAUUCAGUAGCAUCGAUAAGUCUUGGGUCAAAUUGAUGUACCGUGCUCAUGAGAAGCUGAAUGCAGUGGAGACAUGUACCGGUGAUGAAACAAUGGGCCAGUUCUUACCACAUCUGUUGGAACAAUUAGAAUCUUGUCAAAAAUCCUUAAGCGGAUACCUAGAGACGAAGCGUGUGACUUUCCCAAGAUUUUGUUUCAUAUCAGACCCAAGUUUAUUGGAAAUUCUUGGCCAAGCUGCGGAUUGCCAUACGAUACAAAAGUAUUUGGACGGAUUUUUCGAUAAUAUUGGAAGAUUAGAAUUCCAUGACAAAGAGUACGAGAAGAUUGUUGCAAUAUUAUCCAGAGAAAACGAAAAAGUAGUUCUUGAAAAGGAAGUGACAUGUACUGGUGGAGUAGAGAAUUGGUUAAAUUCUCUUUUGAGAAUGCAUCAACAAUCUGUAGGAAGUGUUAUAGCACAGGGACUGCAGCUUCUCAACAAUCCUGAUACUGAAAUUUUGCAAUUAAUCGAUAAUUCAGUAUUACAAGUCGGUUUACUAGCUGUUCAAGUUUCAUGGACUCGAGAUGCUGAAAUUGCUAUGAUAUCAGCUAAGAGAGAUAAAUACGUUAUGAAAAAAACUAAUCAGUGGUUUUUGGAUCUACUCAAUGGCCUUAUUGAAGUAACUAUAAAAGAUCUUACCAAGUACGCAAGGGCAAAAUAUGAAGCUUUGAUAACUAUACAUGUACAUCAAAGAGAUAUCUUCGAUGAAUUAUGUCGGCUUAGAAUUCGAAAUAUUCAAGACUUUGAAUGGCUUAAACAAGCAAGAUUUUACUUUGAUGAGGAAUCAGAAGAAGUUCCAAUUAGAAUCACUGAUGUAGACUUCACGUAUCAAAACGAAUUUCUGGGCUGUACAGAUCGUCUUGCUAUAACGCCAUUGACGGAUAGAUGCUAUAUAACUCUUGCUCAGGCUGUUGGAAUGAAUUUUGGGGGGGCUCCGGCUGGCCCAGCCGGCACUGGAAAAACUGAGACCACUAAGGACAUGGGGAAAGCUUUAGGCAAAUAUGUUGUUGUAUUCAACUGCUCAGAUCAAAUGGAUUUCCGAGGUCUUGGUCGUAUUUUCAAAGGUCUCGCCCAAGCUGGUGCAUGGGGAUGCUUUGAUGAAUUCAAUCGUAUCGAUUUACCUGUUUUAUCUGUUGCUGCACAACAAAUAGCUAUUGUUUUAACAGGUAGAAAAGAAAAGAGAUCUACAUUUCUUUUUAGCGAUGGUGAAACUUACAGCAUUGACUAUGAAUUUGGAUUAUUUAUAACAAUGAAUCCUGGUUAUGCUGGUCGUCAGGAAUUGCCAGAAAAUUUGAAAAUACAAUUCAGAAGUGUUGCAAUGAUGGUUCCAGACAGACAAAUAAUAAUGCGUGUCAAACUUGCUGCAUGCGGAUUUAAGGAAAACAUACUCUUGUCACGAAAAUUUUUCACAUUAUAUAAACUAUGUGAGGAACAGCUGAGCAAGCAGGUCCAUUAUGAUUUUGGAUUACGGAAUAUAUUGUCUUGUCUUCGGACUCUUGGAGCUCAAAAACGAGCACAUCCUGGCGAGUCAGAAGAGACUACUCUAAUGAGAGUGUUAAGAGAUAUGAAUCUAUCGAAGUUAGUUGAUGAGGAUGAACCUUUGUUCAUGUCAUUGAUUGAAGAUAUGUUCCCAGGAAUUAAAUUAACUACACAAACAUACAAAGACCUUCAAAAAGGAAUUGCUAAUGCAGCAUCUGCACUUGGCAUAAUCAAUCACCCAGAGUGGAAUUUAAAAGCUGUUCAGUUAUAUGAAACUUCACUCGUUCGACAUGGCCUGAUGGUUCUUGGACCAACUGGAUCUGGAAAAACGCGUUGCAUGUGGGCCUUAAUGAGAGCAAUGACUGACAUAGGUUCACCUCAUAAGGAAGUCAGAAUGAAUCCCAAGGCUAUAACAGCUUCCCAAAUGUUUGGAAGACUAGAUGUUGCAACAAACGACUGGACCGAUGGAAUAUUUUCUACCCUAUGGCGGAGGUCUACACAAAUUAAAAAAACAGACAACUUAUGGAUUGUAUUAGAUGGUCCGGUCGAUGCAGUCUGGAUUGAAAACUUGAACUCUGUCCUGGAUGAUAAUAAAACGCUAACUUUGGCUAAUGGUGACCGUAUUAUAAUGGCCCCCAAUAGCAAGCUUGUUUUUGAACCAGAUAAUGUUGAUAAUGCAUCACCAGCAACUAUUUCACGAAUGGGAAUGGUAUUUGUCAGUGCAUCAGUAUUGCAAUGGAUUCCAUUUUUAGAAGGAUGGUUUAAAAAACGCCAGUCUUAUGAAGUAGAAGUGCUACGACCAUUGUUUCAAAAAUUGUAUGGGGAUUCACACACUUUUGUCCAAACCAAGUUGCAUGCUAAAAUGGCUCUGUUAGAAGCAAUUUAUAUUAGACAGUGUACGGAUUUACUCGAAGGAUUGCUCAGCCACGAUGUGGAUCCAACAAAAACAUUAUCUGAACAACAUCUUGAAAAAUUAUUUCUUUUCGCUCUAAUGUGGAGUUUGGGUGCAGUGCUUGAGCUUGAUGAUAGAGCAGCAUUGGAAGAGUUUUUAGUAUUACACGAAUCUAAGUGCGAUUGGCCAAAAUGCAUGGAAAGUUUGCUGUGACAAGCCUAAAACUAAUUGCCUAAUGUAAAAUUAAUUAAUAUCAAUUUUCAGGAGGAUGAGACAAUAUUUGAAUAUUUAGUAUCUGAAAAAGGGAAAUGGAUUCACUGGAAUAGUCGAGUUCCGAAAUUCGAAUACCCUGAUGAUGCUGUCCUGGAUUAUUACUCUAUUCUCGUACCCAAUGUCGAUAAUGUUAGAACUGCUUACCUCAUAGAUCUCAUAGCAAGACAAGAGAAGGCAGUACUUUUGAUUGGAGAACAAGGGACUGCAAAAACGGUUAUGAUUAAAAGUUACAUGGCAAGACAUGACCCAGAGUAUCAUUUGAACAAAUUUUUCAAUUUCUCCUCUGCAUCUACUCCCAACAUGGUACAGCGUAUUUUUGAAAGUUACGUAGAAAAACGAGUUGGAAGCACAUAUGGUCCGCCUGGUGGAAGAAAAAUGAGUAUUUUUAUUGAUGAUAUCAACAUGCCCGUGAUAAAUGAAUGGGGUGAUCAAAUCACAAACGAAAUAGUUCGUCAAAUAAUGGAAUGUGGGGGGUUCUAUUCUCUGGACAAACCUGGAGAAUUUUCUACAAUUCAGGAUAUUAUGCUUCUCGCUGCUAUGAUUCACCCUGGAGGUGGGCGCAAUGAUGUUCCCCCUCGCUUGAAGAGACAGUUUUGUAUAUUUAACUGUACUCUGCCAUCAAAUAAAUCUAUGGACACUAUUUUUAGUUCAAUUGGACAGGGAUAUUUUUGUGAGACCAGAUUUUCACAAAUUAUUGUGAAUUUCCUCCCAAAACUGAUACCCUUGACGCGUGUAUUAUGGCAGCAAACUAAAAUCAAAAUGUUACCCACACCAGCUAAGUUUCAUUAUGUGUUCAACUUGCGAGAUCUUUCACGGAUCUGGGAAGGAAUAUUACGCAUAGAAGGAGCAGAGUGUGAUUCUAUUAAAAUGAUGUUAAAGUUGUGGGAUCAUGAGUGUACACGUGUCAUAUCUGAUCGAUUCACAAAUUUUCCUGAUAAAGAGUGGUUCAAAAAUACUAUGCGCAAGACAGCAGAAAAAUUGUUAGGAACAGAUUAUAAACAUUAUUCAGGUGCCGAAACCUACUUCGUCGACUUUUUACGAGAGGCUCCUGAUCCGACCGGUGAUGAACCAGAGGACUUUGUUAUCGAAACACCUAAAAUAUACGAGGAAAUACCAAGCUACGAAUUUGUGAUUGCAAAAGUGCACCAAAAUAUGGAUCUAUUCAAUGAAUAUGUCCGUGGCAUGACGCUUGAUAUGGUAUUCUUUCACGAUGCUCUGGUGCAUUUGAUAAGAAUAUCAAGAAUUCUCGGAGUCCCAAGAGGAAAUGCAAUGCUUGUUGGUGUAGGAGGCUCAGGGAAACAAAGUUUGACACGUCUUUCAUCCUUUAUAGCUGGAUUCAAUUUCUUUCAAAUAACAUUAACAAGGAGUUAUAAUGUCGGUAGUUUGAUGGAUGACUUGCGCAAAUUAUAUCGGGAUGCAGGCACAGGUCCUAAGGGAUUGACAUUUAUAUUCACUGACAACGAAAUCAAAGAUGAAGCAUUCCUUGAAUACUUAAACAAUGUACUCAGCGUCGGUGAAAUAGCAAAUUUAUUUGCAAAAGAUGAAUUGGAUGAAAUUUUAACCAAUAUAGUACCAUUGAUGAAAAAAGAGGAUCCAAAGAGACCACCGACACAGGAUAAUCUAUAUGACUUUUUUAUAUCACGUGCUCGAAAUAAUUUGCAUGUAGUUCUAUGUUUUUCACCGGUGGGUGAAAAAUUCAGAUCCAGAUCUCUAAAAUUUCCUGGUCUUAUAUCUGGCUGCACAAUGAAUUGGUUCACAAAGUGGCCCAAGGAUGCAUUAUGCGCAGUAAGCGAACAUUUCUUGGGUAACUUCAAAAUAAUUUGUACCCCCGAAAUCAAGCUACAAAUAAUUCAAGUGAUGGGUGAUGUGCAAGAUGAUGUCGCUAACACAUGUGUAGAAUAUUACAAUAGGUUCCGUCGGCAAUCGUACGUUACACCAAAAUCAUUUUUAUCAUUUAUUGGUGGAUACAAAAUAAUAUAUAAACAGCGCUUGGACAACAUCAAUUCGCUUGCUUUUGGCAUGAGUAAUGGGCUCAGUAAAUUAGUUGAUGCUACAGCACAAGUAGAUGACUUGCGUUUGGUACUGGAAAAAAAUCAAGCUGAAAUUGCUGUAUCAAAUGCUCAAGUAGAAGAAAUUUUAGUACAUGUCGAUGAAAAGAAGCGAGAGGCUGAAACAAUAAAGGCACAAGUUCAAAUUUCCAAAGAUGCAGCUGAGGCUCUAUUAAAAAUAAUUGCCAAAGAAAAAGCUAUUGCAGAAGUUAAACUAAGAGCAGCUGAACCUGCUCUUGCUGAAGCAGAAGCAGCACUGCAGACUAUCAAAGGUAGUGAUAUCUCUACAGUACGAAAGUUGGGAAAACCUCCAUAUCUCAUCACCCUUAUUAUGGACUGCGUCUUGAUUUUAUUUGGGAAACGUUUGGAACCAGUCAAACCAGAUCCAGAAAAACAGUUUUUAUGUCCUUCCUGGGGUGAAGCUUUAAAGGUCAUGGCUGAUACGCGUUUCUUAUUCAACUUGCAAAAUUUCCCAAAGGAUAACAUUAAUGGUGAAACUGUUGAUCUGAUGCGACCGUAUCUAAACUUUCAUAUGUAUACAUAUGAAGCAGCUAAACAGGCUUGCGGAAAUGUUGCUGGAUUGAUUCAAUGGACUAUUUCAAUGGUUACAUUUUAUUCAGUGAACAAAGAUGUUCUUCCUUUGAAAGCUAAUUUAGCCAUACAACAAGGGAAACACGAUACAGCUAAUCGUAAUUUGGCUGAAGCUGAAAAACUUUUGAAAGCCAAAGAUGAAGAUUUGAAAGUAGUGCAAAAAGAAUACGACUUUGCUAUGAGUGAGAGACAAAAAGUUGUAGACCAAGCCGCUGCAUGUCAAGCAAAAAUGGAUACCGCAACAGCCAUGAUUGAUGGUUUAUCUGGAGAAAGAAUACGUUGGACAGAUCAAUUAGCAACGUUUAAAUCAGAACGGGAAAGACUUGUCGGUGAUGUUCUUGUUUUAACAGGAUUUUUAUCCUAUUGUGGACCAUUCAACCAAGAGUUUCGAAUUCUUUUGCAAAAGAAGUGGUUCGAGUUUCUACAUAGCCGAAAGAUCCCCGUUUCAGUGACCAUCAACAUCGUAGAUUCAUUAACAGAUUCAGCUACGACAGGAGAAUGGAAUCUUCAAGGUCUACCCAAUGAUGAACUUUCUAUACAAAACGGUAUAAUAGUCACAAAAUCUACCAGGUAUCCACUACUGAUUGAUCCGCAACUACAAGGCAAAUCAUGGAUAAAGAAUAAGGAAAAAGACUUCGAAUUACAGGUGACACUACUUUCUCUGAAGUACUUCAGAACUCAUGUGGAAGAUUGUGUUUCCCUUGGACGUCCAUUACUCAUAGAAGAUGUAUCAGAAGAGCUGGAUCCAGUAUUAGACAAUUUAUUGGAAAAAAACUUUAUAAAAAUUGGCUCCUCGUUAAAGGUGAAACUUGGGGACAAAGAAGUAGAUGUUAAUGAUCAUUUUAGACUUUAUAUAACGACCAAGCUUCCAAAUCCAUCUUACACUCCGGAAAUCUCUGCACGUACUUCUAUAAUUGAUUUUACCGUUACACAGAAAGGAUUAGAAGAUCAGCUUUUAGGAAGAGUUAUAUUAACUGAGAAACGGGAGCUUGAAAACGAAAGAACACAGCUAAUUACAGAUGUAACCAGUAAUAAACGGAAGAUAAAGGAGCUGGAAGAAAAUUUGCUCCAAAAGUUGACAACUGUGCAGGGAUCGCUCAUCGAAGAUGUGGAAUUAAUGUCGGUAUUAAAUUCUACAAAACAAACUGCAGCAGAAGUAAACGAAAAAUUGAACAUUGCUAGGGACACAGAGAUUAAAAUAAAUGCAGCCCGAGAAGAAUUUAGGCCUGUAGCUACACGUGGCAGUGUUUUAUACUUCUUAGUGUGCGAUAUGGCACAAGUGAAUUGCAUGUACCAAACUGCACUGACCCAAUUUUUAGAACGCUUUGAUAUUUCCAUGGCUAGGUCUGAAAAAAGUCCAAUCAACCAGAGGAGAAUCAAUUUCAUAAUAGAAUAUCUCACUUUCGAAAUCUGUAAAUAUAAAGCUCGCGGGCUUUACGAAAAUCAUAAGUACAUGUUCGUUUUACUGAUGACACUGAAAAUUGAUUUACAAAGGGGGGCCAUCAGCUACGAUGAAUUUCAAUAUUUCAUAAAAGGCGGUGCAGCACUUGAUUUGAAUGCAGUAGCCCCAAAGCCUUGCAAGUGGAUUACUGAUGUGACAUGGUUGAAUUUGGUAGCGCUUUCAGGAUUGAGACAGUUCCAAUAUAUAGUAUCGCAGAUUCCUGCAUCCGAAAAGGUUUGGAAGUUUUGGUUUGACAAAGAGGCACCUGAAGAAGAAGUGAUUCCAGAUGGCUAUAACACAUUAGAUACCUUCCGACGUCUACUUAUGAUUAGAGCAUGGUGUAUGGAUCGAACAUUAACGCAAUCCCGCAAGUAUAUUGCCUCUUCUCUGGGAUCCAAAUAUGCAGAACCAGUAAUUACACUUUGGGAUAUUAUGCAUGCAGAAUCUCGGCCAAAUACUCCAAUGGUUUGCUUUUUGAGCAUGGGAUCAGAUCCUACUCCAAGCAUUGAACAACUUGCGAAAAAAAUGGAUAUUGUUUGCAAGAGUAUUUCGAUGGGACAGGGACAAGAAGUUCACGCUCGAAAGUUAAUGAACAGCGCAAAAACUGAAGGCUUCUGGGCACUGUGUCAAAAUUGCCACUUGGGUUUGGAAUACAUGGCUGAACUAGUCAACUUUAUAACAGAUAUGGAAUCACCGCAUCCAGACUUUCGAAUAUGGAUUACCACUGAACCACAUAAUGAUUUUCCGAUUUCUCUCUUGCAAAUGUCAAUUAAGUUCACUAAUGAACCACCCCAAGGUAUUCGCGCUGGACUCCUUGCGACUUAUAGUGGUAUGAAUCAGGAUAUGUUGGAUCAGUGUGACGUUGCACAAUAUAUACCGUUAAUUUAUGCAGUCUCGUUUUUACAUACUGUUGUUCAAGAACGUCGGAAAUUCGGACCUCUUGGUUGGAAUAUACCAUAUGAAUUUAAUUCUGCCGAUUGGCUAGCAUCUUGUAUGUUCAUGAACAAUCAUUUCAAUGAUUAUGAUGCCAAACGUGGUAUAAGCUGGUCUACCGUCCGGUACAUGAUUGGGGAAGUCCAGUACGGUGGUCGGGUCACAGAUGAUUAUGAUAAAAGACUGCUGAAUACCUUUGCAAAGGUAUGGUUUUUUGAAGGCAUGUUUAACGAGGGGUUCGUUUUCCAUAAAGGCUAUCCAAUUCUUUGGUACAAAUUAGUUUCCGAAUAUUUGAAAGCCAUUGAGGCCAUGGCACCAAUAGAUCCACCGCAAGCAUACGGUCUACAUUCAAAUGCUGAUAUCACUCACCAGAGUAGUGCUACUCAGGAUGUGUUAGACACCAUCAUCUCGGUACAACCCAAAGAAUCGGGUGGUGGAGGUGGUGAGUCUAGAGAAUCUGUGGUGAUGAAGCUGGCUAAAGAAAUGUUGGAUAAAUUACCCCCUGACUAUGAUCCAUUUCAAGUGAAAGAAAGACUAAAAAUAAUGGGUCAUACUGCCUCCAUGAAUAUUUUCCUGAAACAAGAGAUAGAUCGCAUGCAAAAAGUCAUCAAAUUAGUCCGAGUAAUGUUAAAAGAUCUAGUCCUGGCUCUAGAGGGUAUUAUAAUUAUGAAUGAGACGCUAAGGGAUGCUCUGGAUAAUAUAUAUGACGCCCGAGUCCCCAAACUGUGGAGAGACAAAUCUUGGGAAUCUUCUACAAUAGGAUUUUGGUUUACAGAAUUACUGGAACGAAAUCAGCAGUUUUCGACUUGGCUUUUCACUGGUCGCCCUUGCCAGUUUUGGAUGACAGGAUUUUUCAAUCCACAAGGCUUCUUAACUGCAAUGAAACAAGAAGUAACCCGAGCUCAUCCUGGGUGGGCUUUAGAUAAUGUCACUUUACACAACGAAGUCACACGACAUACCCGUGAAGAAACACGAGUUCCUCCUCUUGAAGGAGUUUAUGUCUAUGGACUUUACUUGGAAGGAGCUGGAUGGGACAAAAGAAAUAACAAACUGUGCGAAGCUGCAAAUAAAGUGUUGUGUGUCCUCAUGCCAGUUAUACACAUAUUUGCAUUAUAUAAUACACCAGACAAAAGUCCGAAAUUGUAUCAGUGUCCUGUAUACAAGAAACCGAUGCGAACAUAUGUUUUAUUGGUGACUCCUCUUUGGCUUCAAACAUCUAAACCGCCAGACUUUUGGAUAAUGCGAGGAACUGCUUUACUGUGUGAUGUCAAAUAAUUCAAUCAUAUGGAUAUCUUAGGCAUUUGCCACUAUAUAGCAAUGAGUAAGAGAUUCGUAAGACUGCUCGUAUAUCACAUACUUAUAUUGACUAAUUAAUUUUUGAGAGCACAGC